AGUCAAUUCUUCCAAAUAUGUAUACUAGUAUGUGUGUAUAUUGAGCUAAAGUGGUGUUAGCUUCUGCUUGAGUUUCCAUUAGAAUAUAAAUUGCUUUACUUAUAAUUUUUGACUUAAUUUGCUUUGAACGUUUUAUAGUUUAAACAUUUGUUUACGUAUGUAUGUUUUCAUGUGCUCGAUUUGUUGUGCACAUGAGUAUAUUUACACAACAUUUGUAUCUGGUGUAUACCGAUUAGGACGUAAAAAACACGAAGAAGCGUGCCGAGUGCACCCCACACCGGCAAAAGCUACGUGACAUUGUCAACUUCUGACGCUCCGCAUUGAUUAUAUUUCAGUUAAUUAGCUGCUUUGCUGCAGAAAAGUCAAUUUGUGGAAAUUAUUCUACAAUUCUUCCAACAAGUUUCAAUUAAUUUAUAUAUAUCGUAUUUCUUACAUAAACUAACUAACAUAAAAGUAAAUAUGUCAAACGAUAACUUAACAGCGGUUUUGUACGGCAUCGAGGAUUUACGACUGGAACAACGUCCCGUUCCAGAAAUUGCGGAUGAUGAGGUGCUCUUAAAAAUGGAUUCCGUCGGCAUCUGUGGUUCUGAUGUGCAUUAUUUAGUUCAUGGGCGCAUUGGCGAUUUUGUACUCACAAAACCAAUGAUUAUCGGACACGAAGCUUCGGGCAUCGUAGCGAAAGUAGGCAAAAAAGUAAAAAAUCUUGUAGUGGGUGAUCGCGUCGCUUGUGAACCGGGUGUACCUUGCCGUUACUGCGAACAUUGCAAAUCGGGUCAAUAUAAUCUCUGUCCCGAUAUGAUUUUCUGUGCGACUCCACCAUAUGAUGGUAAUCUCACACGCUACUAUAAACAUGCUGCCGAUUUCUGCUACAAAUUGCCCGACCAUGUUACCAUGGAAGAGGGUGCAUUACUGGAACCACUCUCAGUUGGUGUACAUGCUUGUCGUCGUGCUGGUGUAGGACUUGGUUCUAAGGUGCUUGUAUUGGGCGCCGGUCCCAUUGGUUUGGUGACGCUUUUAGCCGCGCAAGCUAUGGGCGCAGAACAAGUCAUGAUCACUGAUUUGGUGCAAGAUCGGUUGGAUGUCGCCAAAGAAUUAGGUGCCACACAUACCCUGCUCAUGAAUAAAAAUGAUAGUGCGGAAGUGGUGGCGAAAAAAGUACAUCAAGUGAUGGGUGUAGAACCCGAUACGUCGAUCGAUUGUUGCGGUGCAGAAUCAACCACACGUCUCAGUAUUUUUGCUACACGUUCAGGCGGUUGUGUUGUUAUAGUAGGCAUGGGUGCCGCUGAGCCUAAAAUACCCUUGAUUAAUGCGUUGGCACGCGAAGUUGAUAUACGUGGUGUCUUUCGCUACUGCAAUGACUAUCCUGCUGCGUUGGCGUUAGUUGCGUCCGGUAAAGUCAAUGUGAAACGUUUGAUUACUCACCACUUCGAUAUCACAGAGACGGCCAAGGCAUUUGAAACCGCACGCUAUGGACACGGUGGAGCCAUCAAAGUCAUGAUACACGCGCAACCCCGCAACACAAAUAAUAAAGUCUAAGUGAACCUUUAUGGGAAUUUAUAUUGCAUAGGAUAUAAUUUUGUUUUGUAAAUAAAAAGGUAGAUUUUUUCAUUAGAAAUAAAAAGUAAAAUUCAAGAUAAAUUAA